UAAAUGUUUCACUUGGUUGGACAACUAGUUACUUGUGAUUUGAUGGUCUACAUUUGUGUUAUCUGUGGUUACUAUGUCGCAAGUGAUUGGAAUAGUGAAUUAAUAAAAAAAUAAUUAAUAAAUAAAAACUUUCAGACGAGUGCGUUUCGUAGUAGUAUUCAAGUUGAGUCGUUCUAAAAACAAAACAAAAACAAAAUGGCGGUUCAAGAUGCGGAGAAGAAUACUGAUAGUGCGAGAACUGGCAAGUUCUGGUUUGUGUUCAACAUGGACUACAUAGUGUAUGCAGUGGUUGUUAUCAUAUUCGUGACGCUAUUUGUGUACUACUUCGUCGCCACCUAGACGCAGGGCUCUACUAUGACCUACUACUAACCAGCGAUGGACAGCAACCUACACAAGGAAGUGGCACAAGGACUGAACUCUCCAGAAUUAAAAACAAACACCGACAUCCCUUUCGCAGACGAAGGCGUGGAACUCAACCAUGUCAGAACCAACGGACUAUCACAGGUCAAAGUCGAACCUACACCGAAAACCAAAGAUGACACCGAAUUUCCCGAUAUUGACUCCGAAAACGAACCAUUGUUGCCACCGCGACGAAAAAUCCACGCAUCCGACUUAGGCAGUGUACAUACAACUCCUGAUAAAGAUACUAUAGUUGUCAAUACUCCUGAAGGCACGUUAUAUAUAACAUUGGAACCAGACUCCUCAAAAUCUACUUUGGCAAGUCCUGAACAGUCGACGCGGUCGACGGACUUAGCUAGUCCAAGUACUUCUAAAGGAGAUGACUCAGAAGAUUUAAUAAGGAAUGAGAGAGAACAAGAGAUAGAACAGAGAAGGGCGAGUUUAAGGAGAAACUCUAUAUCCAUGCCGACACUACCGAACUUGGAGCUGGAGGUGAUGAAACAGCAGUACCUGGCUAAUCCUCAAGACCAGAUCCCAGAGCAUCAUCAGAGCUCGGCGUCGGGAUUCAGCGACGGCGACAACACCAACGAUGACAACAACGUGCUCUCCGAUGACGACCGCCCCAAAACCCCCCUCCGCUCCCCGCGUCGCAAGGGCGGCCCGCGGCGCAUGCGCUCCGAGUUCAGCAUGGAUGAGGACGACUACUCGCCCAGCAACUCUGUCACCUCCGUCAACUCACUCGCCAGCCUGCUAAGGGAGAAACUUCAGAGUAUACCACAGAAGAUCCGGAAGAAACCAACAGACUAUAAGCUACGGGCAUUUGUGGGACUGAUGUUCCUGGCCGUAGUAUUCUUCGUGGGAUUCGCUUACGUGUUGUACCACCAGCAAGCUCUAACCAAGGCAUACUUCGCCAACGUGCACUUUAACGAACCCAAGCGAUUGGUCAGGGUGUAUAACAGCGAGGAUGUGGAGAUUCUGAAGGCUAGUUUAGCUGUUGGUAUCCUUGGCAAGAGCAAGGCAUUCCCAUGUCUUCCAGAGCAUAGAAUGGGAGACGGCUCGGAAUGUCUUGAGUGGCUGAACACGCUCCGGUUCUACCUCAAAUGUCUACCGCACGAUCCCGGCGCCGAUAACACUACGUGCUACUCUGUGCACUGGAAGGCUUUGAGAGAAGAUAUAUCACCAAAUGACUGCUUCGACUACACCGAUACGAAGGUCCAUUGGUACGGCGGUGGUCAGUCCCUCAACAUCAGCUGGCCCAUCAACUCUGGCUCCAUAGACUACACUCCCUUCAUCACUGGAGACAUACAGAAGUCCCAAUGGGGCAAUGCUCUCACUCGGUACUUAAUAAACUCUAAAGGAGCUGCAAUCAUCAUCGAUGAUGAAACACCGCUUUACGUUUCAAUCAACGCAGGCAAAAAGGAAAUCUGUUUCAAAGCCAAAUACGACGACUUUGCAUUCGCCAACAGGUUCACUGAAUUCGCCGAAAUGAAGUACAAUAUAUGCACAUCUAGAGAUAUGAAGUCGCUACAUUCUUCCAUUCACAGCCAUCAAAGAGCACCGCUAUGGGAUGGCUUGAAACCUGCAGACAUGCAGACUUUAGAUUCUCUCAUAUCUGAACCUGUGUGGCAAAUAGCACCACGAUUCAAACAUGAACUGCAAGCCGAGACAAUAUCCAAGUACACUGAAGAUGUCAUCAACCUUGGCUUUCUAAAACAAGGUCAUGUUCUUAUAAAUGAGCAUUGGCAGAAUGAGAUCGGAGAUCUUACUGUUGAUAGGAGUAGAUUUCAGACUUUGAAUGAAACUGUUGAUAAGUUACACAGAAGAGGCUUUAAAGUUGCAUUUACAGUACAACCUUUUAUAAGUACAGAGAGUAAUAACUUUGCUGAGUGUGUUCAAAAGAGGCUGUUGAUUAGUGAAAGGAGUAGUGAUAGAAGAAUUCCAGCUCUUACGAGGUUUAAGUCGCUACACAGUGCAGGAGUGUUAGACAUUACUAAUAAUAGAUCUGUCCCGUGGUUAGUUAACAAAUUGCAAUCAGUCAUCGACGAAUAUCAUAUAGACGCUUUCUAUUUCGAUUUAGGAACAGCAUUUGACAUGCCACACUACUACCAAUGCGAGAAAAAGUUGGUAAAUCCGGAUCAGUAUAAGACCAUAUUUACGAAGACCUUCGAAAAGAUGCUGAAUAUUAUAGGCGUUUCAUCAGCUGUCGCGCUACCAAGGCCCCCGAUAUUUGUAUCACUGCCACCAUUUGAAUCAACUUGGGAAGCUUUAGGACGAGUUAUACCAACAAUGCUGACUUACGGUGUCAAUGGAUAUCCGUUUAUUAUGCCUGGCGCCGUUGGUGGUGACAUUUAUUGGCCGGGAAGUGAGCAAUUCUUGCCAUCUCUGAAAGGUUCAGUAGAAUCUAACGCUGCAAAUACAACUCAAGAGAACGGAGUAGACCUGCCAGAUAGAGAGUUGUACAUGAGGUGGUUGCAAAUGGCAACAUUCUUGCCAGUGAUGAAGUUUACUCACUUGCCAAGUAAAUAUAACGACGAGAAAGUGUUGGAAAUGGCGAAGAAUUUAACGCUACUGAGGCAGAAGUUGGUGACGCCCCUACUAUUGAAGUACAAACGCGAAGCCCUGGAGGAAGGUCUGCCGCUGAUCAGGCCGCUGUGGCUGGUGGCUGGUGGAGACCCCACGCUGUUUGUGCGCGAUGAGUUCGCGCUUGGAGACGAGAUCGUCGUCGCUCCUGUACUCAACCCUGGAGAGACUACUAGAGAAGUAUACCUCCCAGCUGGCUUGUGGCAGGAUGGCAUCGAUGGAUCUCUGCGCAAGGGCAAUCGCUGGAUGCACGAGUACAAAGUGCCGUCGGAUAAAGUCGCCUACUUCUUGAGGAAACCUGACGACAUGCGGUUCUAGAAUCUUCUUCUUUGUUCUCCCUUCGGGGUCGGCUUUCUAACAAUGCCAGGUAUCACGCUGGCUAACAUCAUCUUCGUUAAGGCCUAAUGCUCUGGACAUGCUACAAUCAAGCUGGCUUUAGGUCUCUCCUAUCCCUCUUUAAGUAGCCAUGGAUUCUAAUAUCUUGCCAGUUACGAGAUUCUAGAAUGUUC